AUGGUUUACUGUAUUGCGUUCGGUUGCAACAACAAGGACGGAGAUCGCAAACGUGGUGUGCGCUUUCAUCACUUACCUCUUAGGAACAAGCCUCUGCUGAAACAAUGGCUGACAAAGCUUCGAUUACAGAAUCCUCCUGUUAGACGUAGUAGCUUUGUCUGCAGUGAACACUUCGAACCGGACUGUUUUCAACGAGAUUUGCAAGCAGAAUUACUGGGAACAAAACCACGAAUUCACCUCAAGCCAGAUGCUGUCCCAACAAUUUUCACUUUCACCUCCAAACGAAAACAACGAUCAACAGGACAGAAACGAAGACACAAUCAGGCCCUUACUGAAGUAAUGAAACAACAUGCUAAGGUUGCUAGAGUGCCUGACUCUGAUGAUGAUUAUGAGCACCACCAAGUAAUCGACAAAGAAAACAAUUCUCCUAGAACCAAAGCACGUGAAUUUUGUGAUGCUUCAACGCAAUACGAUCUUAGAGACCUGGCUGAAACAAAGGAACAUUUAUACUGUGUGAGAGAAUCUUCACCAAUUCCCGAGGACAUGCAUUCUAGUCAACUUCAGCCACCACAAAUUGCCCCAUGGUUAGUAACACCAGUAACUGACAGUUGUCAGUCCACAGAGUCUGAUGAAGAGGCACAUUCUCCUAAUACAGACAGUGAAACAGAGAAAUACUGCGUCUUUGACACAUCUUGUACUUCACAAGAUUCGGAUAUCGAAAUGGGUGGUCAAGAGGACCAAAAAUUCAUUGUUUUCAGAAAUUCCUUGAGUGAACUGUUCCGAUUCUGCCCAACAUGUGGCUCUUCUGUAGUCAGCCAAUCAGAAUCAACAAGUGGAACAAUGUUAGUAGUAAAAAUGGAGUGCUCAAAAGGGCAUAAUGUAAACUGGCAGUCCCAACCACUUGUUGCUGGUCUACCUGCCGGAAAUCUUAUAACCGCAGCAGGGAUUCUGUUGUCAGGAGGAACAUUCAGCAAAUUCAGCCACUUUGCUCAAAUCAUAAAAUUGCAAUUCAUCUCGGAAUCAUCAUUUUAUCGAUUGCAAGAUGAAUACCUGUGUCCUGUGGUUAAUGAAACGUGGAAAAGUCACCAGGAAUCUAUACUAGAAAACUUCAAAGACAACCCUUUACACCUACUGGGAGAUGGACGAUGUGACAGCCCUGGAUAUUCCGCUAAAUAUUGUACAUAUACUCUAGUGGAGCAAGAUACAGGGCUUAUUGUUGAUUUUCAGUUGGUGCAGGUCAGCGAAGUUUCCAAUUCUGUUGGGAUGGAAAAAGAGGGGUUUCUACGAUCAGUCAAUGAGCUAGUAACUAAAGGAUUAACUGUGGCUCAAAUUGCUACUGAUAGACACCUGCAGAUAACGUCUGUCAUGAAAAAGCAGUUCCCUGAUAUAGAUCAUCAGUAUGAUGUUUGGCACGUUUCAAAAAGUGUUAUCAAAAAGUUAACCCAACUGGGUAAGGCAAAGGGCUGUAGUAACCUUCUUCCAUGGAUAAGAUCUGUGGCAAAUCACUUGUGGUGGUCAUCAAAAUCAUGUAAUAGACAGGCUGAAAAUCUAAGAGAGAAAUGGAUUUCUAUUAUUUACCAUACAAUCAAUGUCCAUUCAUGGGAGAAUGCUACAUCUUUUGGCAAGUCAGGGGCGUAG